AUGGCUUCACAUGUGCGACCAGCGCUACGAAGCGCAGUCGACGCGUCCGUUGAGGCCCUGAGUGGGUUGGUGAGGCGGAUCAAUAUCCCGCUCUUACCCAACAGUCCACCGGGCUUAGUACAGGCACUCACGGUAGAUCCGUGGUCACAAUCGGGGAAAUAUGGGCUGGGUUGGACAUAUUUUGCGCUUGCUUUGGGAGGAUUGACGCUGUUUAUGAGGAUAUGGCACUACUGGCAGGAUAAGAUUCGGCAGGCGAUCUACAAGCAGGAUAUGGAGAAGCACUUCCAACAGCUUUACAGCAUGGAACCGGAGUGGGAUAGAUCGGCUGCCCUGGCGACGGGGGCGACAGCGCAGACGGCGGCUGAAUCACGACGACACUUCUUUCCGGACGAGCAGCAGGCUGAGGAGGAGAAGAAUUUCAAGCCGAAAGCGCAUUUUUCAUCUGUCGGAUUUGUCAACGAUACUCUGGCGCUAUUCCGAUGGGUUUUUUAUCGACCAGUGCCAGACAUUGUCUGGAGAAAACACCGCUUCACCUUUUCCUCACUCGCGGUGCUGAGUUGCGCCUUUAUCGCCCUGGCCUUCGUCACGGUCUACUGCUUCUUACAGCAACCCCUAUACUGGCAAAGCAUCCGGUUCGGAUCACCACCGGUGGCCGUUCGGUCCGGCAUGAUUGCCGUUGCCAUGACACCGUGGAUCAUUGCCACUAGCACCAAGGCCAACAUCAUCACGCUGAUCACCGGCAUUGGACCCGAGAGACUCAACGUAUUCCACCGUUGGCUGAGCUACCUCUGCCUGUUUCUCUCCUUGAUUCACAUGAUCCCAUUCUACAUCCAGCCGGUCUGGGAGGAUGGUGGCAUGGAGGUCUUCGAGGCGCUGUUUCCUCCCGGUAGCGGCAUCAUCUAUGGAUCUGGAAUUGCAUGCAUGGUCCCUCUGGGGUGGCUUUGUGUGGGAUCGUUACCACUGUUCCGAAGAAAGGCAUACGAAGUUUUCAUCCUUCUCCAUAUCCCAGUCGGCUACGUUUACGUCGGUGUGCUCUUUUGGCAUACCAAGAACUUUCUCAUGUCAUGGGCCUACUUGUAUGCGACAGUGGCCAUCAUCGUCUUCUGCAACCUGUACCGUUUCUGCAAGCUGAAUUGGACCAAGCCAUGGCGCAUGUCGUUUUUGAUUGGAGACGAAGCAGCCAUCAACAUCAUGACGGAGAACGCCAUCAAGAUCACCAUCCCAACUCAGAUGAGGUGGAAGCCGGGCCAGUACGUCUAUCUGCGCAUGCCGGGCAUUUCCAUGUUCGAGAACCAUCCUUUCACCAUCUCGUCUCUUUGCAGCUCAGACUUUCCAUCUGAAUACGGCGAGGAGUACAGAGAUUGUGUGUUGGUGUUCCGGCCAUAUGGAGGCUUUACGAAGAAGGUGCUCGAGACGGCCAUUGAUAAGGGGCCUUUCCACACCUACCGCGCGUUUCUCGACGGCCCGUACGGUGGUAUGCGCCGAGAGCUUGCCGCAUUUGAUACCUGCAUCCUCAUCGCCGGUGGCAGCGGUAUCACAUCGCUCAUGUCACAGCUGCUAAAUCUGAUCAAGCGCAUGCGGGACGGCAAGGCCAUCACCAAGAAAAUCGUCGUGGUGUGGUCGCUCAAGCGGCUCGAGGCCAUGGACUGGUUCCGGGAAGAGCUCCGUAUCUGUCGUGAAGCCGCGCCCCCUGAGAGUGUUACUUGCAAGUUUUUCGUUACCGCAUCAGUCCGGAAGCCGCCAAAUUCUGGCAUUCCUCAUGGUCGUGCGCCCAGGCCGCUCAGCAAUGCAUUCCACGACAAGCUGGAUGGCUUUGUGGCCAACAUUGCUAGCAAACGCAACAGCGCCCUGAUCAUGUCCGAGGCCCAAGGCGACCCCGACAGAGAGCGGGAGCUGCGUGCUGAGGAUGAGGACCGCAUCACAGCGCUCCCUCAGCAGAAAUAUCUCCAACCACACACCUUCCCACCACCGCCACCGGGGCCUCCCCCAAACAACAACAACAACAACAACAACAACAACAACAACAACAACAACAACAACAACAACAACAACAACAACAGGCUAUCUGUUGCGGAACAAACCCUUCGAAAACUUGAAGGCCGCGACGAUGAGAUCAAGCCCGUUGAAGGCGAACAGCAACAAUAUUUACACCCCCCAGCCCCUUCCAGCAAGGCACCCUCAACCAAGAAGAGCGAACCCGGCGGUGAAUUCCAUUUCCCCCCUCUAGCCCGGGAGAAUGCGGCUCCCCAUUUCAAAUACGCACCUCCUGCCGGCCGCAAGCGAUACAGCCAGAUCCUCUCCGAGUCCGACCCCCGGCCCAGCGGAGCCGGCAGCGGCGGUAGCAUCGACGCCCGACCGACUACCAGCGAGCUCGGCCACCAACACGCCGACUCAUCCGGCAGCACGGAACCUUUCGCCACUCACCCCUCGCCCCCAGCAGCAGCAGAACCAACAGCCGAAUCCUCCACUGCUCCCGUCCGCCCACCAGAACUAGCCCACCUUCGCACCGACGUCGGCGGCGACCCCCGCCGCCCAAGACCAACUUCCCAUUUUGGCCCUCCCUCAGGGUUUGAUUUUGGCUUUCCAGAAACACCGACCGAAUUUCAGCGCAAUCUUAUGAGGUUUGCGUUUCCUGUCCCGCACGAGAUUGACGGCGGGUGGUCGGUGGAGUAUGGGAGGCCAGAUUUGGGGUAUAUGCUCAAGGAGUGGGCGACAGGAGGGCCGGAUGGGAGGGGCGUGUUGGGGAGGAGGACCGCGGUGUUUGUGUGUGGGCCGCCGGCGAUGAGAGUGGGCGUGGCGAAUACGGUUGCGAGGUUGCAGGCCGAGAUUUGGGGGGAUGACAUGCUCGAGGAGAUCUUUUUACAUACAGAGAACUAUGCGUUGUAA